AUACCCAUUAAUCUCAAGAAGUUUAAUCAUCAAAUUCAAAAGCUGCUUUUCCUCUCAAACUAUCUUUUCACUCCAAAAAAGUUUGUUGUUUCUUUCUCUUCAUCAAUUUUCUAAUCAUGUCGAACGCAUACAACGCUGGACAGAACCGUGCUCAGGCUCAGUCUACAACUGAGCAAUGGGUGGACUCGGCCAAGCAGACAGCGAGCCAGGUCCAUGAUCAGGCCCAUGAAGCUGUUGGACAUUCCCAAGGCCAGACCCAACAGAGGAAGGAAGAAAAUGCUACAUUUCUUCAGCAGACUGCAGAAUCUGUGGCCAACACGGCUCAGGGUGCCAUUGAUGGUGUGAAGAACACUCUUGGCAUGGGAGACCAGAAGAAGUGAAGUAAUUAAUUAUAAGGCGUCACAAUUUCUUGAUUUUCAAGAUUAAAUAAUGUAGUCCAUUUUUUCUUUUUCUUUUUUAAAUAAUUUGGUUUUGGGUUUUUAGUGAAUGUUUAUUUGUUUUGGUUAGUAGCCUUGGGACAUCAAGUUCCCGAGAUGUAAAAAAUAAAUUAGUGGGUUGUAUCUGUAUAUAUGAAUUUGGACCCAUUCUCCCCUGUUGGGGUGCAAUAAAAUUGUUAUUUUUAUUUUAAA